AUUCACCCCCGAAUUCCUUUCCUUUUUGGCCGUUGCUGCUUUCGAGGUGUCCUUCUUGACACUCCGUGUGACAACACUACACUCCAAGAAACCACAACAGAGAGUGAAAGUAAGUGUCACCAUGUGGCAACAAGUAAAGCAGCUGGUCGGAUUAUCAAAACCUCCCACAAAGCGCUUGGCGUCCUCUGCCACUCCAUGCUCGGAACUGUACGACCUAGUCUUGGAUAUGGAUUGGACGAGCGUUAUCCGGCAUUGCCGAGAUAAUCCCGAAGAUGCCAGAUUCCAAGAAGGCGAUGGACUGGAAUCUCCUCUCUACCUGGCUUGCCAAUGGAAUCCUCCCGUCAAUGCCGUUAAAGCAUUGAUCCGUGCCAACCCAGACGCUCUUCUGUGGACCAGCCGAGAACACCGCGACUUGCCGUUGCACAUGAUUUGUCGAUCUCCUGCCACAAGCCCCGAGUUGGUCCGAGAAAUGCUACGGACACAUCCGGAAUCGGCAUGCCAUGCGACCAAGUACGGAAAGACAGCCUUGUGGGUACUCUGCGAAUAUUCUCAGCCAGACUGCAUGAAGGCGUCUGAUAAUGUCAGCAAUAGACCGUUUACACUGGAACAGCAUGAACAGAUCCAGGCGUUUUGGGAAAAGAUUGAAAUUGUUGUUGAAGCCGUGGCCAAGAGUCGACAACAUUCCUGGCCAGCGCGUCAAGAAACACAACAGGAGGACAAUGUCGGAAUGCUCUACAGAGUCCAUGGAUUAGUCUCCCUGGGAGCUCUGGGAUGUCCAAUUCGGGUCUUGGAAUACAUUUGCGACAAGUAUCCACAACAGUUGCGUGUACGAGAUGAAAGUGGUCAAUUGCCACUCCAUUUGGCAGUGGGACCAACUCAGUGGUCACCCAGUGGGAUCCGCAAAUACAAACCACGCGAACAAGCCAUUAUCCAGCUUUUAUUACGGCAAUAUCCAGAAGCAGCACUAGUCCGUUUACAUUCCAUGUGGGAUUACUAUGACAAAGAAACUGGGAAACGAAGAGAGGAUUGCAGCAGUAGCGACAAAGGCGCCAUGGACAAAGAGGGACGGUAUCCAUUACACAUUGCCUUGGCCAAUCGACACACCUGGAAAGGCGGUGUCCAAGAAUUGUUCCUGGCGGCGCCUCGAGUUGUGGCCAUCAAAGACCCCGUCACACAACUCUAUCCUUUUCAACUGGCGGCCAUCCCCAUUCGCGAAAACUUGGCGGUCGACGCUGGAACCAUUGUGGAACUGUUGCGGCAACGACCAGACUUGAUUGCACUGUGUUGUGCCGAGAGCAGAGCCGCUGCGGAAACUCAAAAUGCUGCAGGCGACAAUCAUCACGGUUGUGCCAGUCGGAGCAAUGAAACCCAACCUGUGGAACCAGUUGUGGAUCGUGGUGAUGAGUUGGCAAUAAGCUGCCGUUCAGCAAGGCGAUAUUCGUCGUCGACGACGUCCUCCUUACACUUGUCUCGACAGGAAGACGAAAGCACAAUGCUGUUUGGUUUGGGGGUUGUGGCGGCUGUUGGAGCUGGCCUCUGGUAUUGGAAGCAUGCUCACACGCACUAUACUGAUGAAGCCACAGAGGUUGUGGCUUCCACUAGCUAGCUAGCCAGUGUUAGCGAGUUGUCACACCUUUUGCUACGUGUCAGCCAGUUUUGUACAGGAGAUAACAGUGUCCAUAUCAUAUCGUAUCAUUAAUACUAGACAAUCAAUGUUUUCAUUC